AUGAGUGGCUUUGACCUUAGGAAUAGGAGUGGAGUUGUUGCUGUCGCAAGGCAAAGGGGAACUGAUGUUGUACUUGAUGAUGAGUUCAAUUGUGAGACUCCCACAGACCUGACUGCAUUGCCCUAUUUUGUGUCUGAGGGGCCUGAUGGGUAUCUGCUAAUUGAUGUACCCUACCUAGGAGGAGUGAGGUCAUAUACCCCAAGCCAAGUUUUGGGAAAAGUGUUCUCUGAUUUGAAGAGCAUUGCAAAGAAGCAUCAUGAUGCAGAUGUUGUCGAUUGCUAUGUUGGAAUACUUGUUUAUUUUGCUGAUCAUCAAAGAGAAGCUGUUAUGGAUGCAGCUACAAAUGCAGGCUUGCAUCCGCUUCAUUGGCAUAUGGAAUUUAUAAGACGGAUUUACCUGAGAAUGAUCAAUUGA